GCCGAAAGAAAAAGCAGGGACACAAUCGUCAUUUAACCUUCCCACCUCCCACCGCUGCGAGGGUGAGAACAUAAAAAGUCAAAUUAAAAAAAUUGAUAACAAAGAAACAAAUAGAAACAUGGAAGAAAAUAGAAACAGAUCGGAUUUACGCGCCCGCUGGUCCAUUCUCAACUACGAUGCGUGUUAGCUUCAGACUCUGAAGAGAAAGAGAGAGAGAGAGAGAGAGAGAGAGUGAACCGACGAAGACUCUCUCUCUCACUCGCAUUGUUUCUGUUUCAGAUCGUGAAGUCGUUUCAGAUUCUCACUGUUCUAUUCCAUUCCCUUACGGAGAGUCAUGAGCUUCUUCUGAGUUCAGAUUAGCUUGUUAAUUGGGUUGGAGAAAACCUUGAGGUUUACGGAGAAAUGGGAGCUAUUGCUGGAGAAGAGCUGCUGAAAUGGGAGAAGAUGCAAGGAGUGAGUGGACGCGAAGAGAAGAUCCUUGUGUCAAUAAGGUUGAGGCCUCUGAAUGAGAAGGAAAUUGCUGCUAAUGAAUCGGCAGAUUGGGAAUGCAUUAAUGAUACUACCAUUCUGUACCGGAACACACUGCGUGAGGGUUCCACAUUUCCAAGUGCCUACACAUUUGACAGAGUAUUUCGGGGUGAUUGUGUCACACGGCAGGUAUAUGAGGAAGGAGCCAAAGAAGUUGCUCUUUCAGUUGUCAGUGGAAUUAACUCAAGUAUCUUUGCAUAUGGGCAAACAAGUAGUGGAAAGACAUACACGAUGGUUGGAAUAACCGAAUAUGCAGUUGCAGAUAUUUUUGACUACAUAAAGAUGCAUGAAGAAAGAGCAUUUAUAUUGAAGUUCUCAGCAAUUGAAAUCUACAAUGAAAUUGUUAGAGACCUCCUCAGCACUGACAACACUCCACUUAGGCUCCGUGAUGAUCCUGAGAAAGGGCCCAUUUUAGAGAAACUCACUGAGGAGACUCUACGGGACUGGGGGCAUUUAAAAGAGCUUAUAGCCUUCAGUGAAGCUCAGAGACAGGUGGGAGAGACAUAUCUAAAUGAAAAGAGUUCAAGAUCUCACCAAAUUAUCAGAUUGACAAUGGAAAGUUCUGCCAGGGAAUUCCUGGGCAAAGGCAACUCAGCCACCCUAGUUGCUAGUGUGAAUUUUGUUGAUUUGGCAGGGAGCGAGCGCGCAUCUCAGGCAUCAUCAGCUGGGAUGAGAUUAAAAGAAGGUUGUCAUAUAAACCGGAGUUUACUUACUCUUGGAACAGUUAUUCGUAAGCUUAGUAAGGGAAGACAUGGACACAUCAAUUACAGAGAUUCCAAGUUGACACGCAUACUGCAGCCUUGCUUGGGUGGAAAUGCUAGAACAGCUAUCAUUUGCACUUUGAGCCCUGCACGAAGCCAUGUUGAGCAAACCAGAAAUACACUUCUUUUUGCUUGUUGUGCAAAAGAAGUCACCACUAAAGCACAAGUGAAUGUCGUGAUGUCUGAUAAGGCUUUGGUCAAGCAUUUGCAAAAAGAGGUGGCUAGAUUGGAGAGUGAGUUAAGAACUCCUGGUCCUGCUACCUCCAGUUGUGAUUAUGCAUCAUUGUUGAGAAAGAAAGAUCUCCAGAUAGAAAAGAUGGAGAAGGAGAUUAGGGAGAUAACAAAGCAACGUGACCUUGCUGAAUCAAGGGUUGAGGAUUUGCUGCGCUUGGUUGGAAAGGAGCAGAUGUCUGGAAAAGAAGGGGAAGAUAUCUGGGAAGAUGACUGUUCAGUAUCGGAGUCCUCGAGCAUUUGUGGUCCACAUCGUCCAGAAACACACAUUAGAGAGUUCAACAAUCCUCAUUAUAAUGAAGAUAGUGGAAGUAAUCUUGAUGAAGAACCUGAUGAUUACUGCAAAGAAGUUCGAUGUGUUGACAAUGGGGACUUAGCUUUGUCGAUGUCUGGAGAGGAAAGUGGAAUAAGCCAGGAAAUAUCUACACAUUUGAAUGAAGAUACUGGAGAUAGUCAGAUCCAAGAAAAUUCAACAUUGCUGGAGCAGAGACUGCAUGAUGUACAGUCAACUAUUGAUUCUCUAGUAUGUCCUUCCCCUGAUGAACAAUCUCCAGAGGUCACGUCAGAAAAUAUGUCGAAUUAUAAGAAUCUUAAAUUAACUAGAAGCUGGAGUUGUACGGAAUAUCGCAUGACUGGUUCUCCUGAGAGAGUAGGAGAAAUACAGAGGACUCCAGCUAAUGGAUAUGAACAAGGAUUCCCUGGAAGGCCAGAUAGUUUCCGGAGAAAGUUUCUUCCAUUAAAUUAUGAUGGUUCCACAAGAUUGUCAAGGAAUGGUUCUCAGUCUUCCAUUGGAAGUCCUUCUGUGGAUAGAGCCAGCAGCAUAAGAACAUCUGCUGAUGAGGAUAUUACUAGCAUCCAGACUUUUGUUGCUGGGAUGAAAGAAAUGGUCAAACAAGAAUAUGAGAAGCAGCUUGUGGAUGGUCAGGAUCAGGAGACAGGAAGAAAGAGGAACGUGAAAGAUGUAGGUGUGGAUCCGAUGUUGGAGGCACCUGGAACUCCUUUAGAUUGGUCUCUGCAGUUCAAGAGACAGCAAAAAGAGAUAAUUGAACUGUGGAAAUCUUGCUCUGUACCAUUGACCCACAGGACCUACUUCUUUCUUUUGUUCAGGGGUGACCCAACAGACUCCAUUUACAUGGAGGUAGAACUCAGAAGACUAUCCUUUCUCAAAGAAUCAUUUUCUGAUGGAAACCAAUCUGUGAAAGAUGGUCAAACAAUCACACUAGCUUCAAGUGUGAAAGCUCUUCGCCGAGAAAGAGGAAUGCUUGUGAAGCUUAUGCAGAGGAGGCUUUCGGAGAAGGAGAGAAAAAGGCUGUACGAGGAGUGGGACAUUCCAUUGGAUUCAAAGCGCAGGAGGAUGCAACUAGCGAGCCGUUUAUGGAGCGACACUGAUAUGAACCACGUAAUGCAAAGUGCCACAAUAGUUGCAAAGUUAGUCAGGUUUUGGGAGCGGGGCAGCCCUGAAGGAGAUGUUUGGGCUUAGCUUCACACCCCAACUCACUGGGCGGAGAUCUUACUCGUGGAUAAAUAGCUGAGCAUCUCAUUUGUAAUCGUUUUAUUUUUUGGCCCCCAUGUGUACAGCGUUAGAGAAAUUUUACCAGAGAUGUAUGAGUUCAUGAUUAAGCCAAUUUGGGCGAUGUCUUGUCUUUUAUGGUUUUGGUGUAUCAUUUAACGAAUUGACAUUUUUCUUCUUUUCUUUACUUUAAUUUCUUGGUGCAAGGUUUGUUGUGUUGCUUGUUUCAUUGUAAAAUACUUGAAUCUCUCCCUCACUUUGGACCAAGUCUAUAUACUUUUGUAUAUUACACCGAGAC